AGAAGGGCCAAGGCAACUGCAGAGUGUAAGCCUUAGGCUGAAACUCUGGGGACAGACAGUGGUGAAACAGUGGAAGUGACAGAAGACACAGAACUCUCAGAUCGAAAGAUCUUGAAAGAUUUUACCAUACUCUAUUUUUCUUUUCUUCCAUUUUUGUUCCUACUGGGCAAUGUCUGAAUAUACAUCUCACAGUCAAUUUGCCAUUGUAAGAAAAAGUGACACGCAGCCUCACCAGAUUCUGCUCCUAGUCCCACUCAAUCAAGUAAAACUACCAUGGAGAAUGGAAUGCAUGUCCAAGUUGCUCAAACAAAUGGGCUGGACUCACAGCAGAAACCAAAUGGACAAGCAGCAAGUGCAAUCAGCAAUGUGCAGGCACAAGCCCUGCUCCAACAGUUGAGCCUGAAUUCAGCACUGCAACAGGCUCAGCUCCUGGCAGCGGCCGUGCAGCAGUCAGCAGGCCAGCAGAGCAGCACCACUGGAGCCAACAUCUCCGCCUCUGCAGCUACGCCCAUCACUCAGAUCCCCCUCUCACAGCCAAUCCAGAUUGCACCGCAGCUGCAGCCUUCGGGUAUGAACCUGCCUCAGUUCGUGUUGGUGCAGCCUGGCCAGCUUCAACCUGCCCAGUUCAUCCUCUCCCCUUCACCUCAAGGACAGACUGGCCUUCUUCAAUCCCAGAAUCUCUUCACACAACUACCUCAAAGCCAAGCCCAUGUCCUGCAGUCUCAGGUCACGCAGAUGGCUUCCACACAGGCAGCAACCCCUACACGGAAGAUAGCUGCCAUGCCGGCUCCUGCACCACCCACCCCAAAGCGGGUAGAUGUUUCUCUAGUGGAAGAGGCCAGUGACUUGGAGGAACUGGAGCAGUUUGCCAAGAAUUUUAAACAGAGAAGGAUUAAACUGGGCUUUACUCAGGGAGACGUGGGCUUGGCCAUGGGCAAGCUCUAUGGAAAUGACUUCAGCCAGACCACAAUCUCCCGCUUUGAGGCCUUGAACCUGAGCUUCAAGAACAUGUGCAAGCUCAAACCUUUGCUGGAGAAGUGGCUUAAUGAUGCUGAGAACAUGACAUCUGAUGCUGCAGUUUCUAGUCCCAGUGAUCUGUCCCCAGGCCUGUGUGAGGGCUUGAAUCGCCGCCGCAAGAAGAGAACGAGCAUUGAGACCAACAUUCGUGUUGCCUUGGAGAAAAGCUUCCUGGAGCAAAGUCAAAAGCCUACCUCUGAAGAGAUCACAAUGAUCGCAGAUCAGUUGAACAUGGAGAAGGAGGUGGUGAGAGUGUGGUUCUGUAACCGUCGGCAGAAGGAAAAGAGGAUCAACCCACCAAACAGCGGCGCACCCGGCACACCUGUGAAAACCAUCUUUAGCAGCGCUACACCGGUGUCCAAUGCAUCAAGCGCACUGACUGUAAAUCCAGCGCUCCCACUCAGCACUGCCUCUCUUCCCGGCCUCACUCUCACUGGUACAACCCUAGGACCCAUCACCUCAAACACAGCUUCAGUCAUCUCGUUGGCACCCGCUGUUGCCACUCCAGCCCCAACGGUUACAUCACCAUUACUUACUACCUCUGCCACUGCAGCAGCUCUGACCAGCUCAAGGCCGAAUGCAGUUGCUACAACGCAGACUAGUUCCACUAUGGCAACAGCAGCAGCACAGGGAGCAGGUCAGCUUGUGGUGACUCCAUCGGGGCUGGGAGGAGUCAACCUGGCAGCUGUGGCAGCAGCUGCAGGACUUAACCCAGGAGUUAUUGCACCUACCCAGCUAACUCAGGGGGGAGCGUUGCUGAGUUUGGCUCCGGCGGCUCUCGGCAACACGCUGAAUCCAACAGCUCUAAUGAACAGCACCACACUGGCCACCAUUCAGGCUCUUGCAACUGGAGGGGCGUUACCCAUAACCUCCAUUGAUGGAAAUGGCAACCUGCUGUUUGCCAACACAAGUGCAGGAGGUGCGGCCCCCAGCCUGAUGACCGCUCCUCUUCUCCUGAAUCCCUCCGGUCUGUCACUGCUCCCCACCAGUGUAUUGUCAGCAGGCGCAGCCACAGGUGGGGCUCUAAAUCUACAGGUGACCAAUGACACGCACCAGAGUGCUGUUGCUGCAGCACAAGUGCCAGUCAAAAGCAUCACUGUGGCCUCCAAGGCUCAAUGAACUUCUGGCUUCUUCCCUCGCUUUUCUUAGACUUUAUUUAAUCCCUGUGCUAUUACCAAAUACAGAGACAUUUUAUUACUGCUCUUCUUUAUCCUUCUCCUUGUGCCGGGAGACUUUUUCUUUUCUGGACAAUGCUGACUGUGUUUCUUAGCAGUUCGUUUCUUAGGACCUUGACUUUUUCAACUGUACAGUAGAACUUGCUGUACUUUUUUGGCACAUGCUGAGGAAGGUGUUUAGCUAUCUUUACCUUAUGGUUGCAUGGGUCAGGGGGUCUUUUUCCUGAAAUCAUUUACUAAAAAAAAAAAAAUUGACAAACUGAACCAAAAAAUGUGAGACUUUUUGAUAAGUUAACAAAUCCUUAAAUGAGAUUACUCAGCACAACAGAGUUUAUAUUUCACUUUGUACAAGGUUCCUUUUAUUUCCAGGCCUGUUGUGCAGGCCCAUUGUAGAAUAUUUCAGAUUUAUAACCAAGAUCAUUUCAUAUAUUUUAUGGUUUAAUUUAGAGAUGUUACUGAAAAUUGUCAGAGUGGAUGUUUUUUGGGAGGCUUUUUAAAAAUGUUCUGACUAUUGCAUCACUUUAUAAACUCGGUUAGAAGGCUUUAAAACUAGUAAUAAAUCACAGAGGCUCUGGUUCAAAGCAGCGUCUCUUCAAGAGCAAUGCAAGUGGUCUUUGAUCUGUCCGACUCUCGUCUGCAAACACUGACUUAGUUCCUGUUCAAUGCGACACUCACUCAAGGGUGGAUAAUGUCUACAAGCAGCACUGAGUUACAUAGAAGAAGGAUGGGAGGAAAUUGGAUUUAUGUUCAGAAGAUACAGUUACUAAUGACACUUUACACAGUGUCCUUACAUUUGCCUGAUGAUAAAUUAGGUUACAUAAAAAAAUUUCUAUUGAUUCUGAAAAUGCAAAAGUGAGUUUUUGCAAUUUUUUUUUAGAGAUGCUUGGGUCAGCAUCCUUUGUAUGUUGUUGGAAGUUAAACAGCCAAACCAAAAUGUCUCAUCACGUAUUACUGAAAGAAGUCACAAAUGUAGCUUUGCACAGUAAUUUAUUUAUUCAUUCUCUGCCCACAAAUGUUCUUUCAUAGCAACUGUUGAUAGCUUGAUCAAGCUUCACCAACCUUUCACAAGAACCUAAUGAGAGUUAAUGGGAAAUCAGCACACUGGUUAGUUUUUGUCAAAAUACCUACAUUUGUGUUAUAAAUUUCAAAUGGAAGUUUGUAUUAUUAGAUCAGGUCUAGAUUUUUAAUGCAUAAUCUCUCCCUGCCUACAGCGUCUCCUUCCUUUAUAGGUUUUAACUCAUUAACUAGCAACGCUAAAACAGCCAAAGCCUAUUAUUCAAAUGUUUAUUUCUAAAUAUUACAAGAGAACAAAAAUACUCCCAAUCCAGCCUAACACUGUGAAAUUCCACAUGUAUCCAAAUAAUACCAUUUAAAAUAACAACCCAUGCUAAAUGUUGGUGUUUUGAGAAACAGCCGUGUGCUGCAGUUUCUCAUUAGCUUGAAUUGGACUUUUCUUCAACCUUUGAGCAUUAGCUGGACAUUUCGGUGGUAGUGUUGAGGCACAUAGAUCUGAUAUAAGAAGCUUCAACCAAAGUGAACUCCUAGCUGCUAAAUUGAAGUCCACAUCAUAUCACCGUCACUGAAUGGAGUGCGUAGAAUGUUCUACCUUCAGCAUCAGAUCACAUUUAUCAUGUGUACAUAGAGCAGACAUGUUGGACUUACGUUUUGUAGCGAGUAUAUUUUUGUAGAAAUACCUCAGCAGCAUUUAAUACUAAAAGGAAAUACUGAUGUUAAAAGCAUGUUUUGGAAUUUUGAACAUUUUUCCUAAAUACUGUUGGUCAUUAUGGUUUUUAGAUGAACAGUGUGGCUUUAGAUUGUGGCCAUUAGAGCAUUAAAAAUGGCUAAUGGUUACUUGAAUGUUGUAGGAUGAUUUGUAAUGAGUACAGUAAGUACUCUUUACCACUGGCUGUUAACAGCGCUAACUAGCUUGCUAGCAUUCCGUAAGGGGCACCUAUUGUAAGUGCCUGUCUAACUGCAGUUUGCAGCUGUUCUUUAUAAGAACAGCCAGUGAGAAAGUAAAUGUGUGGUCUCCACAUGCCUUACUGUUUAAAAUGGCCAUUAACCAACUUAGAGACACAAUUGCUUUGUGAUUGCAUCAAGGCCAUUCAGGCCCACCAAAGUCAUUUCUAAUGCUAUGCAAUUCAUCUAAACAACCAAUUCUCAACACUGCAUAAGAGUCAGGUUUUCAUCUGUUUAAAAAUAUUAAAAUAUUACUCAUAGGGUUGAAGCAGAUCUUUCAUAGUUCUGACUUUCAUAAUGAACACACAUACUAAAUACUACUGCAUUGCUUAUACUACUAUUUCAUGUUUGUACUUGUUUUUUGGGGUGUGUGUGGGGGUUUUCUCUUACUUGCCAAAGCAAAUGCCUUCUGCACCGCUGCUUUCUACUAGCAAUGUUGCUAACCAGGUCCUAGCGCAUGGAUGUGUUCCCCUUCUCUCCUGUACCUGGUCUUAUUGAAAUACUUGUCUUUUGAUCUUUAUAUAUAAGUAGUUGUUAAUAUAUUCUAUACAUCUUAACCUUUUUUGUCAUUUCAGAGUUAGAACGCACUUAUUCUGUAGUUGUCACAGAAGAAAAAAAAACACUGAGGGCCUAAAUUCCAUUUGCCUGUCCAGGGCUAAAACCCUUCUUGUUGAGGAGGAAGAGUGCUGAACUGGCCUUAAUAGAGAUUUUAAUGAUUUCCAUUCACAGGUUCACCUGUCGCCCCUGUCAAAUUUCAGUGUUAGGUCUGAGAUGAUACUACAUUAGAAAUACCAAAGACUUACAUCAGUGAUUUUCAUCACACAGCAUAGCUAUUGUUUUUGUAAGUGACUCCAAGAAUACAUGUUUUUCUCUCAAGCAUGCAGCUUUCAAAGAACUUUUCUGCUGUAUCAUCAUUGAGAUAUACAGUCAUUCAAAGUGGUGUAAUGUAAAAUGGUGGGAAGGUGGGAAUGGUGAAUGUAGGGAAACUAAGAAUGGUGAUGAUGGGACCCUGGGGUCACAAUGUCCACAAUGCAAAUAAAGCCUUUUUACCCACUAUCCAAAACAACCAUUGAACCUACAUGCAUCUUCAGAGUUUAUAUGGAAUGUUAUUGAUGCUGAUAAAACAGUGGUAAAUCUGAAGAAAUGUUUUCGUUGGGUACUGUUUUUCCUGCAUGUACCUCUCCACCAUUAACGCAUUUAAAAAAGUAUGUUACGGCCAAAACUUUUACCUCAAAAUGAUUAGAAAACAAUCAUCAUCAGGCAUUAGGCAUGUGUUCAUAAGAAACUUGAGUAAUAACUCUCUGUGACGGAUCUUCUAGAGGCAUUUUGGCAUUGGUUGGUUCCCAUCACCACCACUGUGAACAAUUCCUGCCACGUUCUGUCUAGAACAGCACAUUAGACCACUCUGAGUGACUUUAUUUACAUCUUGACGGUUUAAUUUUGCAGAAAUUUCGGAAAGCUCAGUGAAAUUCCCCUUUAAAGGCAUUGUUAAAACUUUCAUUUGGGAUUUAAUUACAUUUCCUGCUCAACACUGAUUAGCUUUCUUCCAAAGUGAAAGAGAAUAUUUUUAAAUACUGUUUAAAAUGUUAUAGAAACAAUACCAAAGAUGUCUUCUCUCUUUCUGUGCGUUUUUUUUUCUUCAACUAAUCAACUCUAUUCUUGUAAUUUCCAUUUUUCCCAUUUUACGUUUUAAUGUGUGUCAUUCAAAACUACAUCCUCUCUUCUGUUUUCGCACUGUAGAGAUGUCUAGGACAGUGGUGAGUGUAGGAACAAGGUAUUUGGCAUUUUUUUGUGUGUAAGUUUUGUAAUGUACAUUUUUCUCUAUAGUGGCCUUUUUUAUUUUGGGGAUCUAAACAUAUCGGUAUCGAGGUCAUGCUUUCUGUCACUGCAGAAUGUGUAUCAUUUUAUGUUUUAUUGUACAGAAAAGGGCUGGUAAAGCUUCUUCACAAAGAAACAAAAUGCACACAGAUAAGUUCUCUAUGGUGAAGUGAGUAAAAGUAUUUUAACUUACCGAUUAGGUCAUCUGGCAUUUUGAUGCUGUAGUCUGCUGACAUUUUAUGUCUUCUGUGUAGUCUCUGUUUCUGUUAGAAUAUGCUGUAGUUGUUUAUAUCAUUAAAUCAUUUUCAGUGUGUUCUCAGAA